AGCAUGCUAUAUAGGGGAAAGGUCGGAGUGGGUUUGUCGAGUUGCAUUCACCCUGAAUAAGAUUCGGACCAUAACCUGAUAAAUCUUUCAGUACCAGAUUGAAAAAUUCGCGAAAUUUUGUUUUCGUCGUCAUCGGAUUUUACAGGAACACCAUGGCACUUCUGAGAGGUGUGUUUGUUGUGGCUGCCAAGCGCACUCCGUUUGGAACCUAUGGUGGAGUACUGAAAGACCACAGUGCAACAGACUUGGCGGAGCAUGCAGCCAAAGCAGCCCUCGCUGCAGGGGGCGUGGCCCCAGAGCUGAUCAACAGUGUCAUUAUGGGAAAUGUCAUGCAGAGCUCGGCGGAUGCCCCGUACAUCGCUCGCCACGUUGGCCUGAGGUGUGGUGUUCCCAUCCCCGUGCCCGCUCUUACUGUGAACAGACUGUGUGGGUCUGGCUUCCAGUCUAUCAUCAACGGUACUCAUGAGAUUUGUCUCAGAGAGUCAGAGGUGGUCUUGUGUGGAGGUUCAGAGAACAUGAGCCAGGCUCCCUAUGCUGUUCGCAACAUUCGCUUUGGAACAAAGUUUGGAUUUGAUCUUAAGCUGGAGGACACCUUGUGGGCGGGUCUGACUGACCUGCAUGUGAAGAUACCAAUGGGAAUCACAGCGGAGAAUCUGGCAGAAAAAUAUGAGAUCACACGAGAGGACUGCGACAAAUAUGCCUACCAGACGCAGCAAAGGUGGAAGGCAGCUCAUGAAGGGGGUCACUUCACAGCUGAAAUUGCACCUGUUGACAUAAAAACUAAAAAAGGAAAGGUGCCCAUGGCUCAGGAUGAACACCCACGUCCUCAGACCACACCUGAACAGAUGGCCAAACUGCCUCCAGUCUUCAAGAAGGGGGGAACCGUCACUGCUGGAAAUGCAUCUGGGGUGUCUGAUGGUGCUGCUGCUCUGGUGAUUGCGAGUGAUGAUGCUCUGAAAGAACACAAGCUCACGCCGCUCGCCAGAAUUGUGGCUUAUCAUGUGUCAGGCUGUGACCCGAGCAUUAUGGGUAUCGGUCCAGUUCCAGCGAUUACAGGAGCUCUGAAGAAAGCCGGUCUGUCUAUAAGCGACAUGGAUCUGGUGGAGGUGAAUGAAGCGUUUGCUCCUCAGUUUCUGGCCGUCUCAAAGGCUCUUGGACUGGACCCGGAGAAAACCAAUGUAAAUGGUGGAGCUAUUGCUAUCGGCCAUCCUCUCGGUGCCUCUGGAGCUCGCAUCACUGGUCACCUUGUGCACGAACUCAGGCGAAGAGGGGGAAAAUACGCUGUUGGAUCUGCCUGCAUCGGUGGAGGUCAGGGCAUCGCCAUCAUCCUUGAAAAGUGUUGACCGAAGAAGAGGCACAUGGAAUCUCCUUAAAUAAUAUCAUGCAAACUCACCGGCCACUCAAUGUUCUAACAAGGGACAACUACUUGGUUCCAUUCGCUCCAAACUUACUUGUUUAUCAGUGUCACUGACAGGAUGAGCUUAAAACUGUGUAGCGUACAUUUUCUUGAAGUACUCCUCAAUCCGUACAGAUUCAUUUGUCCAUGUUAGCUAAAUGGAUGACCCUAAAUUGCCCUUUGGGGUGUUUUGUUUUUGUGUGACCCAUGAUGAACUCAUGGCCUGAAGUGUAUAUUGCACUUCUUACCUGGUGAAAUCUGAGAUGGCCUUCAGCAGGUUCCCAUGAGCCUGAGUAGAAUGAAGCUUGUUUAGAAAAGGGUUGUAUGGAAAACAUCACAUCUUCUAAUAAUUUGUGCUAGUAAAGAAAAUCAAGUUUCUGAUUUACAGCUCUGUUGUCAUAAUGAUGUAAGAGGUUAUUUGUGCUUACAAAACGUCAGCGAUUUCCUGAUCAUGAUGGCAAUAUAAUAAAAUAUGAACAACAUAAACUGCCUUAAUCACUCCAUGUUCAGGACGUUUUUGUUGCCAAAACCUUCAGUGGCUUCUAUGAUAACUGGUUUUGUACCUCAGUGUUAAGGAAUCACAAAUGAAAUUGUUAAAAAACUA